AUGCGACCAGGCGCAAAAAGGCCCGACUCAAGCCAUGUCCUGGCGGCGGGCCUCACAAGGAAUGUGAAUCUGGGGAGGCACUUGCUGUCCACGUACAAUAAGCCUGAGGCAAAGAACAUCGAUACGAAACCCCGCGAACCGAAGUCUACGAUAAAUGAGCUGCCCGUGUCAAGUGAUGACGAGGAAUUGACCGAACUAAGCUCUGCCGAUUUCGAGAACGAUUCCAUUUCCGAAUCGCAGGAUGAAGCAGACCAGGAACCAGAAUCAAAGCCCAAAGCCGAGAACGAACCUGCGACAGACGACGAGCCGGUGAGCACCAGCGAAGAUGAAAGUAUUGAUGAUGGUCUCGACUUCCAGCGACCGAAGAAGAGAACUUUCGAGUUCUAUAAGGAGAAGAAGUCCGGGCGAGCAGACAGAGGUGGGAUGGGCGACGAGGACUCCUUUAUGAUGUGGUCUUCCCAAGGCUCCAAACGAGCAAAGUCCAACACAUACGGGUCAGCGACUUCAUUUUCUCGAACCCCCAGCUAUGUUCGGUCACCGGCCACUCCCGAUAAGAGCUCUCCUCGUGUGAAGUCACAAACUCCCAGAAUGCGGGUCAAGAAGGAGGACAAGAAGUCGACCUCCAACUCGCAGCCGGACAAUGACUUUAUAGUCGCAAAGGAAAUCCAUAGGUCAUGUCCAAAGAUAUCAGAAUCAUCACCUGGAUCCAAGAUGCCUUCUGCUAUUCCCGCGAGCUCCAACCCCAAUUCAACACUGGCCAACUCGUCCUUCAGGGAACCGUUCUCUAUGGACUUGGAUGCCGAAGAUUCGCCCCUUUCGUCUCUCAGUUCCCUACCAAGCUCCCCCGCAUCCCAGCCCGAAUAUUUAGGACCAGCAUUAUGCCCGAUGUGCAAGAAGGAAGUCGACCCCGAACUACUCGCGAUAUUCCGCGCACAGCCAAAGCAACGAGUUCGGGAACAACAACAAUUCUGUGCAUCUCAUCAACAACACACUGCCGAGAAGGAAUGGGAAUCACAAGGCUACCCUACCAUCAACUGGGAUACCUUCGACCAGCGGGUUCAGAAGCACUUUUCUGCACUUGAAAGGCUUCUCGUCCCGGACUGCUCCUCGUAUUAUCGCAACAUACUGGAUACAGCGCUUAAGAGUGGGAAAGCGCGAAACUUUCGUCUUACUCUGGCUGGCGAUGGCCUUGAGACCAUGUCUUGUGGGUAUUAUGGGACGAAAGGGUCUGGCAAGAUGUUACAACUUCUCACCGAUCGUUUCGCCGUGAAACUACGCCGUUUAGCCACGUCCGACCACAUUGUCAAGCAGGCAGGCGUCGUCGGCUACGCCCAGUCCGUCCUGGUUCCCGAAUUAGCGAUCCGCCUGGUCAAAGAAGACAUGGCAGUCAACGAUGAUGCUGCUCGCCAAAUUCUUCGGGAAAGUAUUGCUUUGGGCGAGAAGCUCAACCCCGCACUGGACGAUGAAGUACCGAUUCCAGAUGAUCUCGCCGAGACCUUUGAAGAUGAAGCUUGA